GGUAUAUGUUGUACUAUGUUUGAAUGGGGUCUUUGUAUUUGUCGCCAAAAUCCCUUUGUAGGGGGACAUGCCCGACCUAAACGAAGACCAACAGCAGUUCGUUGGAGUGCUCGUUGUCGGCGCCGCCACGGGCGGUGCCACCUUUGCAGGCAAAAGGUCGCCCGCCCAGCCGCAGCCGCCGUCGGAUUUGGACACACAUCGCCGGUGGGCGCCGUCCCCAUGUUGUAUGCAGUCCCUCUUCCGGGCGUGCCACGUGGCGACGAGGGGGGGCCCCGAAGGCCCCGAAACUGUCAGAACACCUCGGGCAACGUGGCCCUCCAGGUCCCGACGUCGGACGACAUCCUCGACGCCGUGAUCGCGGGAUCCACCCACAACUUCGGGCCCUCGGCCCUCGACUUCGGCCCGAACUACGACCCCGUCGCCGAGGCCAGGGACCGCGCGCCGGUGGUGGUCGACCCGGACAACCCCUGGGGCGCGUGGAGGGGCCCGGGGGCGCCCCGCGGCGGGGCGGCGCCGCGCCGGGAGCCCGAGAGGCCGCCCCAGCAGGCCGGCGGCCCGUGGAGCGCCCGCACCCCGGGCGGGCGCCUCCUCCCCUCGGCCGCCCCCCGCGGCGCCCCGCCCGCCGAGGGGCGGGCCCGCGCCCCGGGCCGCCGCCUCGAGAGCGAGGCGGCGUACCCCGAGCACCCCGCCGUCCAGGCGCGCACCUGGUCCGAGGUCGAGAGGUGGAGGGCAAGCCAGGGCGUCCUCGUCGAGGGCGACGGCGGCCAGGUCAUCCCGAAGCCGACGCUGUCUUUCGACGAGGCCCCAUUCCCGGACUGGGCCGGGGAGGCGUUCCGCAGCUGGGGUCUCGCGGCCCCGUCGCCGCUGCAGGCGCAGGCGUGGCCGCUGGUGGCGACUGGCCGAGACGUCAUGGCCGUCGCGGCGCCCGGCAUGGGCAGGACGCUGGCAUACGCCCUGCCCCUGCUGGUCCGCGCGCUGCAGCGCCCCGGGGCCGCGGAGGCCACGGGCCCCGCGGCACUCGUCCUGGUGUCCUCCCAGGAGCAGGGCGACCAGUUCUGUGCCGCCCUGGAGCCCAUGGCCGUGGCGUCUGGCCUGAAGAUCGCCACGCUGACGGACGAGGGCAUCCCGAGAGACGUUGCGGUGCUGGUGGCCACGGUGUCCCGCCUGGCCGCGGCCCUGGGGUCGAGGGGCCUGGCGAGCCGGCUGGACGGCAUCUCGGCGCUGGCCUUCGACGACGCCGAUGCGCUGCUCGCAGACGGGGGCCACUCGAGCCGUGACCUGGACCGCGUCCUCGGACUCUGUGACGGGGACGUGCAGAUGCUGCUCUUCGCCGCAACGUCGACGGAGGCAAUGACAGAGACGUUCAAGAGGCAGAGUGGUAAGGGCGCUGUGGUGCUGAGUGUCGCUCCUGGGAGCGGCCUGAGUGCGUGUCGCCAUGUGGUACAUCGUAUAGAAGUGGUGCACGAGUUAGCGAAACAGAAUUACCUUGACGAGGCUAUCCUGAAGAUCUCCGAGAAUAUCAGGCAAGGAGAUCGGGUUGUCAUUUUUGUGAAGGGUGCCGAGACAGUGCAGGACGUGUCCAGCACCAUUUGUUCUGGUGACAUACAGGUGGCCGCCGUGCACGGCCGCUUGGGGCCCGAGGAGCGGCGCGCGGCGCUGGAGGACUUCCGAGCGGGCAGCCGGCGCGUGCUGGUGGCGGACGCGGGCGGUUCCGUCGACGGGCUGCCUCACGUGCAGUUCGUCAUCAACUAUGACUGCCCCACUCCGGCAGAGUACACGCAGCACCUGGGCAGCUGCUGCGCCCCCGACGAGCGGGCGUUCGUCAUGACGCUGCUGACGCCCCAGGACUUCCGCUACGCCCGCGGCCUGGCGCUGCUCCUGGAGGAGGCGGGCCAGGCCGUGCCCGAGAAGCUGCGCAGCGCCGCGGCGGGGUCGGAGGCGUCGUUCGCGGCGGGCGCGGCGCUCGCGGAGGGCGAGGAGAUGCGGCCUGGCGACUGGCACUGCGUGGAGUGCGGCGCGCACCAGUACGCGCGGCGGCGGGCCUGCCGGGACUGCGGCGCCGCGCGCCCGAAGCCGGCGCCCCGUCGGAGCGCGUCGCGGCCAAGCUCGCUGCGGCCACGCGCGGAGUGGGCCGGCAAGGGCCGGGGCAGGUUCGCGAAGGCCAGGGGGCCCGGCUGGAUGCCCGUCAGGACGCGGCCGGAGCCGGAGCCCGAGGCGCCCCCCAGCGGGGACCCGUGGGGCCGGUGGUCUGGUCUGGAGGCCGUGCGGCGGCCCCGCCCAGGCGGCGGCCCGAGGGCGCGCAGCGCGUCGGCGCGGCGCGCCCAGUCGGGGAGACCGCGUUCCCAGAGGCCGCCCGCCUGGUGGCGCGCGCUGGGGGAGAGGGUGGAGCUGUCAGAAGAGGAGCGGCUCGAGGUCGACGGCUUCCUGCAGCGGUGGGACCUGAGCGAGGAGUCGGAGGAGAUCGUGUGCGCCCUGCCCGCCGACCUGCGCGCGAUCCUCCUCCGAGAAUUCGCGCCGCGGCGCUUCCCCGACGCCCGGCUGGCGUCGCUGGCGUUCGGCCUGGUGCAGAGCAGCCGCCGCACGGGCCGAACGGCGGUGCAGGAGCGUGCCCGUGGGCUCCCGUGCGAACCUGCCGACCCCUGGGGGAACUGGCGCCGCGGCGCGCCGCCGGACAAGGGGUAGGCCGAGAUUCUCACCUCACGGACGCGGGAGCUUGCGUAUAAGAGCUUGCCGACUCUGAA